UCCAACCAUGAGCUUCUUUUCUGUGACCAAGUUGGCUUCAACACUGGUUGCCCCCUAUGAGCCAACGCCAUCCGGCAAUCUCCCCCUCUCCUUCAUGGACCGACUUCCGGCCUCUAGGUUCUUGGUCGACUCAAUACAUGUAUUCAGGAAUGGCCAGCAGCCUGCAAUGGUGAUAAGGGACGCAUUGUCCAAGGCCCUGGUCUCCUACUAUCCUGUUGCCGGCAGGCUUGUAAUGUCCAACCAAGGAGAGCUAGAGGUCGCUUGCACCGGGGAUGGUGUAUGGUUCGUCGAGGCAUCGGCCGACCGCAGCCUCGAAGAUCUUAACCACCUUGAAUUGCCUCUAGCAGUCCCUAAGGAGGAGCUUCUUCCUUACCUGUCUCCUCAAGUUGAGAAGGAUCUCAUUGUGAUGAUGCAGGUGACACAAUUCACAUGCGGCGGAUUCGUUGUCGGCAUGAGAUCAAGCCAUGCAAUGUUUGAUGGCCUUGGAGCAGCCCAAUUUGUGCAAGCUAUUGCAGACGUAGCCAAAGGUCUUGCACAACCCAUGAUCAAACCCAUCUGGUGCAGGGAAGCCAUCCCCAGCCCACCCAAGCUCCCGUCGCUACGUCCUCCUCCAUCCCUCACCACCCACCCCUUUGUGACUUUCUUGUUAGAUAUCUCCCUCGACCACAUCAACGAGACUAAGAGCAAAUUCACAAAAAAGACAGGUAAAUACUGCUCCACAUUCGACAUCCUAACUGCAAAGGUCUGGCAAUCCAGAGCACGAGCAAUAAGUCUCAAGCCCGGCGUUGAUCUCCGGCUUGGCUUCGCUGCCAAUGCUCGUCACUUGUUGCAUCAGUUGCUGCCCCAAGAAGGUGGCUACUAUGGAAACUGUGCCUACCCUAUGACCAUCGCUGCACCAAGUGAAAAGAUCACGGAUUCAUCACUUUUUGAAGUUAUAAAUUUGAUCAGAAAGGCUAAAGAGAGUCUCUCGACCAAGUUCUCAAAAUGGUUGAUGGGAAACCCCGAGGAGGACCCAUUUAAAGUGCCAGUGGACUAUGGCUUGCUGUGUGUCUCGGAUUGGAGCCGGGUGGGGUUCAAUGAGGUGGAUUAUGGGUGGGGUCAGCCAAUCCAUGUUGGCCCAUUGGAUGAUAACAAUUUUAUAGCCUCCAGCAUCUUUCUCAAGCCACCUGCACCCAAGCAAGGAGUGAGGUUGAUCACACGCUGUGUUGUCGAAGAACAGUUAAGAGCCUUCCAGGAUCAGAUGGUGAACUUGGUCUAGCAAUCAAACACUGUCUUGAUGCAAAUAAGUUGAUGAUUCUACGAUAAGUUACGAUCGUCAAGCACAUGGGACAGAAAAUUUGCAUUUGAUGAAUGGAUGUAUUCAAUCUGAUUGAUCAUUACAGUUAGAUUGAUAAAUGUUAUGCAAAAUUCCAGUGAGCUGUGACUCUAAAAUCUAUACAAGAUGUAAUUUUUUUUCAACAAAAAGAGAUGUAAUUAUUUUCAACAAAAGGAAAUGUAAUUUUUAAGAG